AUGACUGGUGGUCUGCUGGGUAGAAUGUGGCUGCAAGUUCUGGGUUGGGCUGCUAGUAUGCUAAGUUAUGCUGGUAUGUCUGUUAUGCUGGUCCCAGUUAUGCUUAGGCUGUUGGUAGCUGGUAUGUCUGUUAUGCUGGUUCCAGUUACUUAUGUUCCACAGAAAAGGCAAUGCACGAGUGUAUCUACUGACAAUGGGACUGUUUCCACUCCCUCAACUGAGAUCUUACGAGAGAAAAAUCUGGAAGAGAAAAGUAUUGAAAAUAAGCGCAACAUAAAAAGGCAGUGCAUACCCAAGGUUAAAAAAGAACUUGAUUUGCCUCGUCGGUCUUCAAAACGACUCGAGGAGCUCAAACUCAAGACGGUGGCCAACUGUGUGUUAAGCGAAGAAGCUCAUGGAGCUGCAGCUGGAAAGUCUGGUGAAACUGAAGUCAAACCAUUGCAGACGAUUUCAACACAGAUUACAGAUCAUGAUUUGAGAGGCACAAAACUGUCAGACAUUAACGAGAAGGCUUUGGAGGACCAAGCUGUUCCAGAAGAUCAACCAGCAAGGCCAAAAACUGAGAUGAAAAACCAGGAAAAUUUAGGAUCUGAAGUCAAUCCAUCUGGGGAUUCCUGGUCCGAUUCGUGCCUAGAAUUUGCAUUUAAGACACUUACAGGGGCACUAGCUGUAAAGGGUUAUUGUAAUUUCCUCCCCGAAGAAAAGUUGCUGCAAGCAGUAAAAGUUGGUCAGGUUGUUUAUCUAAGUGGGACUGCAAGUUAUCUACUAGGAAUGAGUGGACGUAUUGCAGCUCAAGCAGAUGAAGCAAGCAACCCAAUCAAUGUGAAGAAUCUAUCUUUGGGUUGGAUGAUUGGUUUUCUUUUUCUUGUCAGCUUUGUUGGUCUCUUUUCAAUUGCACCCCUUAGAAAGAUGAUGAUACUCAAGUACAAGUUAACAUACCCUAGUGGAACUGCAACUGCCUACCUCAUCAACAGCUUUCACACUCCUAAAGGAGCCAAACUAGCCAAGAAACAAGUAAUGAUGCUAUUCUAUUCCCUCUGUGGUAGCUUUACUAAUGCACUUUUUCAAUGGUUCUUUACUGCUGCUGAUGGCUGUGGAUUUAGUAACUUUCCCACCUUUGGUCUCAAAGCCUUUAGCCAAAG